AUAAUUUCUUGCUUGAAGAAUCAAGACAAAAAAAAAAUGUCUAAUCCCAUUUCCAUCGUUCAUUAAUCUUGCCUCGAUCACAUGUUCGCCACCACUACUUUAAAUCCCACAUCUCUUACUUCUUCUCUCAUUUCAAGAUUCCAAUUUUCUCCGUCUUCACCAAUCCAAGGAGGAGGAGCUUUACAACACUUGCGCUGCUCCUCUUCACUACUCAAUAUGGAUAAUGGUGUUUGCCCGAGUUUGUUCCCACUGCACCGCAGCAAAACCAUCCACCUGGUGAGGCAUGCUCAGGGAAUCCACAAUGUAGAUGGAGAUAAGAACUACAAAGCUUUCAUGUCUCCGGAAUAUUUUGAUGCGCACCUAACUCAAUUGGGCUGGCAGCAGGUUGACAACCUGCGUAAACAUGUGCAUUCAAGUGGCCUCAUAAAGAGCAUUGAUUUGGUCAUUACGUCUCCAUUGCUAAGGACCAUGCAAACUGCUGUCGGGGUAUUUGGUGGCGAGGCCUAUUCUGACAAGAUGGAUAUUGUACCACUAAUGGUGGAAAAUGCUGGAAAUAGUGACCAUCCUGCAAUUUCGAGUCUUGAUUGCCCACCGAUUGUUGCAGUUGAACUCUGUCGAGAACAUCUGGGAGUUCAUCCUUGUGAUAGGAGGAGAAGCAUUAGCGAAUAUCGAUGCCUUUUCCCAGCGGUUGAUUUUUCACUGAUCGAGAGUGAUGAUGAUGUAUUAUGGAAGGCUGAUGUUAGAGAAACCAAGGAUGAGGUUGCAGCUAGGGGAAUGAACUUCAUGAACUGGUUGUUCACACGGAAAGAGAAAGAGAUAGCAAUAGUUACACACAGCGGGUUCUUGUUCCACACACUAGCUGCCUUUGGCAAUGACUGUCACCCUCUUGUAAAGAAUGAAAUUUCUAGUCAUUUUGCCAACUGCGAGCUUCGUUCCAUGGUCAUCCUUGACAGAGGCAUGGUUGGGUCAGAUUGUUCAUCAACUAACUAUCCCGGAAAGAUCCCCUCGGGGCUGGAUUCUCCGAGUGAUGCUGCUGCUGAUGUGAAGAAGGAAGGGAAAGAGUGACCAAAUUAAACUCGUUGCAUCAAUAAAGAACGUUUGAGCGAUGGGAUGAGGCGAGAGCAAUUUAAGCAUGUGUUGCUUCCAGUAAGUGGCGAUCCCGAGAAUCGACACAUCUCUUCGGAAAUAUGUGCCUCUCUUCCUAAUUAUCUUCUUUGUGCAGACAUGACUGGGUUUCUUCAUCAUCCUAUCUAUUAGUAUUUCCCACCAUGUGUGGUGAAUUUGUGGUUGAAUCAAUGUUUCAUUAUAA